AUGAUGAGUGUUUGUGAUAAGGAGAAAGCAGCAGAGCUAACGGUGGCUGGGUGUACAUUUGGCUUCUCUGAAGAUGAUGAUCUCGAAGACACGAAUGGAAAAGCAUGUGUUGAAGGGUUUAUUGGUGGUUGGAGAGAUUGUGAUGAGAUGUGUCAUCUCAUGUUGACAGAAGAGAGAGAGCACAACCCGGGAAUGGUUAAAGGAGUUUUUGCCUUUGUUGGGAGUGUGCUCUCUCUUCCUCUGUCAUCAUCACAUUCACAUGCCUUUGCUUUCUAG